ACUGAAUACUUCCUCAUCAGUGGUCGAGGGGGGAAGGCUCGGUUAUCACGGUUAUACAAGGUGUGAAGUAUCCCUAGUAAUGAGGACAGUGGUUUUGUGCCAUCGUGGCAAAGCUUUAAAGUUUCCCAAUACAUGGACUUGAUUUUACAAAGAAAAGACAUUUAACAAAUUGUUUUCGUCAUCGAUUUUCCGCCACCAAGAGGCGAGGUUAUCAUUUUUGUGCAACAUGGCGCUUUUCGGUCGUUGGAGUAAUGGUGUCGUCGCGUGUUUGAUUCAGCAAUUGAUCAUUUUUGUUUCAAGCGAGACAAUUGCUACCCCGGGUGCCUUGGACCCUCUUUGUAAUGAUUAUUCAGCUAAUCGUACUUCCGGAUAUAUGGAAUACAUUGGUUGUUUCAACUAUACUUGUAUUGAGACGGUUAGAACUUCAAAUGUCACUGAUAUAGACGAAUGUACCAGCCAAUGUAAAGAUGGUAACCAUUCCUCCUCAGCCUUAUCACUUGGAUACUUGUGUUCCUGUGGAAACUUUACCUGUCAAAUAAAGAAUCGAAUGUGCGAUAGAAAAUGUGGUAUUCCCUGUGAAAAAAGCCCCGCAGAUGUCCUUUGGCCAUGCGGGGGUAUAGGAUUCUAUCAAGUAUAUAGAAGCGGCACAUUUGAGAAUGAAGCAUCAGAUCCCCCAGGUAACAAGAUUUUGAUAUUAGCUAUCGUAUGUGGUGGGAUCGUAGUUACAACGUGCUUCGUAUGCUUCUUCGUUUCAAUAAGUGAAAGGAGACGUAAGAGGAGACACGCCAGAGAGCAAACCGAUAGCUCCACGCCAACAGAACUUACAUCUCAACCCCAAAGACCUCAGAGUGUGAGCAAUAUCUACAGUAUUGCAGGACCCAGUCGACAUCAUCUUGUUAACACCAGCAAUGGAUAUUCUGUUUCAGAGUUAACUUUGUCGUCUGAAGACACGUAUGAUCACACCACUUCGUCUGAUCGCAUCCAGAGCAGAAGGGGCAAUCGUCAAGGAUCCCACUCGUUACCACGGGGUCUCCAGCCAAGUUCUGCACAUUCAAUGCGAAAUCCGACAGGCAUGCAGAAUGUCACAGAAGAUAGGGGAAAAUGUCAAGGGGGUGGCUCAAUCCCCGAGUUUUGUUGCUCAGAUCGUAAACACGGCGUGCAAUGCAGCUGCAGGAAGAGAAGGCGUCAAGGAGGGUCCGGAUCCGAUCAGCGAACCCCUGGUGCAUACUCCAACAGGCGUGUAGGGUCGGUGAAAUGGUCAGAUAAACGGUCAUACGGGGCUGAUGGAAGUGUCAAUGAUUCACGGGGAAGGUGGCCGAGGGAGGUUGCACGGGAACCAAGAAAACCUUCGGUAGGAGAAGCGGGUAGAGGUCCAAGAAGAGAUGCCCACCUGCAGAAAAGUUCGAAGAGUAGUAAAGAAAUGUCAGCCAGCUCUAAGAAAAGGAGUAUGCUGGCCCUACCUUGUGAAAGAGAUACCGUAGGAAACAACAGUGAAGGGAGAAGUAACCAACGACCACCACCACGAUCCGACGACAAUCCUCCACCCAUUAUUCACCGAGUUGAGAAGCCAGAAGCUGUCGAAAACGAUGAUAUGCCUGGUGAAUAUUAUCAUACAUUAGAGCCUGACCAAGGAGAAAAAACAGUGGGGGAAAUGAAUGAGGGACAACAGUUCUCCAGCUCGGAGUACUUCGUCCUAGAGCCUAGUGAAUACUCGAUUGAACAAUCAGAGCCAUGUUCUGCGAUGAAAGCAAAUGGCCACCAAGGCUCCAAAGACACUCCUACCUGUUCAGGGUCUUCUGACCAACAGUAUGACUAUGCAGCAAUUCCAGGGCAGAGUAACCUUAGAUUCUUACCUUGUACAUGUAAGCAUAGGCAAGCUAAUCGCAACGAAGUGGGUGGAGAUAAUGGGAUGAUUGAUAAUAUUCUUUAUGAUCCAUCUUAGAAAUUCGUUUUCUGCUACUUUCGAGAUAUUUGCAAAUGAUACCCCCAAUCUCCCACCACAUUUACAAGCAUUUUGCGCGCAAAAACAGUGAUACUUGGACCUUAUCAAGUCAUAACCAGAAGAUUCGAGCAUAAUUAUUUGUACAUAGCCAUGAAACUGUAAUGUAUAUAGGCCUACCUGUAGCGGUAAUGAUCCCAAUACUUACAUGAAAUUAUUCUUUUAAGAGAUAAUUUCAAAUAUUUAUGACAACAUAUUAUGUACAGUAUACAAUAUGUGGUGCAUUGUGAGAUUAUCAGCACAAGACUUUACAAGUAAACUUCAUGGAUUUCUAGAAAAGACUUGCAUUAUGCUAAUCGAAAUGUAAAUAACCAUCAUGUUCAGUAUUUAUAAAGCACUCACUCAUCAUUCUAUUAGAAUUAUGUGGCCAGAGUGGCAAAGAAGAGUUUGUAAACAGUAUUAACCUAAUUUUCAAAGCAUAUUAAUCCUGGGCUCCGUAACUCAAAGGUUUGCGAUGAAUCGCAAAUAUGAGAGAACCGCACUGAUUGGUGCCCGGUCAGUAUUUUAAACCGAGAGCGCAUGCAACGAUGAUCUUGAUUGGUCAUUGGUAUUUUUUGUGAUUGGUUGCAAACCUUUCUGUUACGGAGCCCAUGCAGCGGGGCAAUUAUAGCCGGGGUAAUAUUAUGCAGUCCUUUCCUGUUUUGUUUCCAUUUUAUUGAAUUACAUCGUUUUAAUAUACGUUGUUCGUAUUGACAGUAUUUGCAUGUACAUUAUAUCGGACAGCAAGAAAUACCACUCUUUAUAUAGGCCUAGUGCAUGAAUGUAGAAAGCAAUGUAAAGAGUGGAAAUUUUUCGCUGUCCCUUAAAGAAAAUACAAUACGCUCUGAUACUGCACCUGGAAAUCAUGGCCAAAAUGCUAUCCACUAAAAUGCAUUACAUAGAUAAUAAACAAUGUAUCUUAUCGGAUUUCGCAUGAUAUUUAUUGAUUUUUCAUUCAAAUACGUUAACAUUAGGUAUAAUAUUACUCUAUAGGUUACAUAUGGCUGGACUGCAAUUUCAAAAGAAUAAGAAGGCCUAAAUAUAGUCCUACCAGAGGCGGCGUCAGGAUAUUUUGAAGGAAUGGGCAAGGUGACGUCAUUUUCCCCUCAGUUAAAUGAUAGCAGUAUAGUUGAACAAAACCCUAUUGUCUCGCUUUAUAGCACAUUUUCAUGACUUUCUGUUUUAACCUCCUUUUUUCUCAUGUUGUUCCUUAGAGAUUCAUUUGUGGUGGUCACCCCCCCCCCCCCCCAUCCCAGAGCAUAGCGUAUCCUCUGAAUAACGCCCAAACAAAUCGAUUUGCCGACAGGUAUAAUGCAAUAUGAUAAUGUUUUAUACGUAUUUAAAACUUCUGUGUUGUCAUGGUUGUGCAGCGUGUUUUGUCAUGCACUUAGACAUCCAUUGAGUGGGUUAUUUUCGUUGUUUCGCCCAAGUUAAAUAUUAUGUAUGAGUAAUAAAUACACCAGUUAGUUUUGGUUUCUAUGUAACUAGCCCAUUAUGGUGAACACAAAGAAAUAAAAAGAUAAAUGUUUAAAGUGUUUUAAUGUGAAAAUGAUGAUCUCGUGCUUUCAAAUAUUAAAUUGGUAUUGCUUCCCG